UGUCCAAGAUUCGAUGACUCGGACGAACAGUACACAGCCGGAAUAAUUCCUGUCCCAAGACCCAUUCAUUUGCCAUUGAAGAGUCUUUCACUAAAAGUACUUGGACUCGCAGCGGGAAGAGCUCACUCUUUAAUUUUAACCAGUGAGGGAGUUUUCACGUUGGGCAACAACGGUUAUGGACAAUGCGGAAGGCCCAUUAUAGGAAACGAAGAAUAUGCGCAGAGUCGAGUUGUCCAUCAUAUUCCUAACGUCAAAGGUGAAAACAUAACUGGCGUUGCUGCCAGCCAGGAUCAUAGCAUUCUUUUAACAGAAAAGGGUAGAGUUUACACUUUUGGUUGGGGCGUCGACGGCCAAACUGCUCUGGCUCACUACAAAAAUGAAUGGCAACCGUCCCUGGUCAAAGGUGAUCUGACUGGUCAGCAUAUAACCAGAUUGGCAUGCAUCGCCGACUGCGUUUUGGCUUUCAGUGACAAGGGAAAAGUCUUUGGCUGGGGCAACUCGGAAUAUGGACAACUUCCAGGCAAAGGCGAUAAUCACGAAAUCAAUAUCACCACAGAAUUAGUGAUUCCUUCGGAAGUUGGGCACGUUGUUGACAUCCCUGCUGGUGGCAGUUUUUGCAUGCACUUGAACAGCACUGGCAAUGUCUACGUUUGGGGCUACGGCAUUCUCGGAUUCGGACCUGAAGUUCUGACGGUUGACAAACCUACUCUCAUUCCUCCCACCCUCUUCGGUGCCAACCCCUACGACAAAAAUCUUAAGGUUUCGAAGAUCUGCUGCGGUAUCAGCCACCUCGGAGCUGUGACCAACACGGGCGAUCUCUACAUGUGGGGUAGAAACAAAUUCGGUUUCCUGGGCCUCGGUAAUCGAAAUGAUCAAUUUUUCCCUCUGAAGGUCGCAAUCGGAGCGCAGGUGAAAAGAGUUGCCUGCAGAGUCGACCACACAGUGACGCUGUGUAAACCCUUCAUUUGAAUAAAUUGUGGAAAAUUAUGAAAAUGAAAACAAGCAAACCCCAGAAGAAAACGUAAUUAAUAUUUUACGUUAGAACUUUAAACGAAUCAGUGAAACUCGAUUCCCCUGUAAAUAUCAGAAAAAAUAAAAAUGUAAUUUGC